AUGAUCUUACGAGCAAUUUCGAUAUUACUAGCAAUGACCUUGUCAGCCGUAAGCGCAGAAUUUUGCGGCAAUAAUCGUAUUCCUUUUGGAAUUGAGGUCCACAAGGAUGGCCACCUUGCACUGCUUUGUUCAAGGCCGAACUGCCAUGAAAAGAAAUACGCGGAGUGCCCAGAACGAGCCGAAGCGACGUCGUGCUCAAGUAAUACGUCAUGGGUUGGUGGACUACAGAAAACCGUAGAGGAUCAGUGA